AUGGCUUCCAGUCCCUCCAGCGAUGCCAUAUGUCAAGCGCUGCUCAGGUUCAUCACUGACGGGAAGUUCCCCGACUCAGAAGACCUCGUGUCGACCGAAUUUCCUCUAGAGGUCAUCCCGACUGAGCUGCAAGAGAUAACAACGGCCAAGAAAGAGGUUGAGAAUGAAAUAUCAACCCUCAGCCGAGAAACAGCGACGAAUAUAGACGACUGGAUAGUUCAAGCAAAAAAGCUGCAUCAGGAUAUAGAACGCUCUCGGCUGACCGCUAGAGAAAUUGUUACACUACACGAAAAGGGACGAGCGCUUCGUGACCGGGUCUCUGAUGCGCAAUCCGCGGUUGACCAACUACAUGAGGACAUUGUGUCGAAUGAAGCUAUACUAGAAACACUGGGGCAAGCGCGCUUGAUUGACAAUAAACUUGCAAAUGCACAGUUAGCCCUUGAUCGCGGUGAAUGGAUAAGAUCUAUUGAUCUUUUGGACGAUAUUGGGGAUUCACUAGCCAGUAGCAAGCUUCCCCAAAGCACCAAUAUCGUCGGUUUAUUGUCCACAAAAGUCACGCAGCUGCAUGCCGGUAUUUCCAAUGCCCUUCGAGCCGAAUGGAGCACUCUGAUCAAAAUCGAUGCCACCUCAGAUCAGCCAACAAUCACCAUACACGGUAGCGUUUUGGACGAUGUUGUCAGUUCUUUUCAAAAGGAUCUGAUCAACUACAUCCUUCGGCCUGUCAUCUUCCCCGUUAAGACGGGCCAAUGGCGCAUAUUCUCUGUGGAUGGAAACUGUUUGCGACUAGUCCUGGCCCCAUCGCGACCACUACUUUCAGAUUUGCUAAACAGUGUACUAUCGGCAUUUUCGUAUCUCAAAGAAAACCUGCCCUCUAACAUCCUUGAAUGCCUGUUCACCACCCUCGCCGGUACCAUCGUUUCACCAUUGACAACAAAGUGGCUAUCACCUUCGGUCCCAAGCGAAGUCUCCUCGCUUGAGGCAUUCCAGGGAACACUGGACCGGAUCCAUCGAUUUGUUUCAGAUUUAGAAAAGCAAGGCUGGCACGGACUGGAAGGGCUUGGUGCUUGGGUUGGACAAGUUCCCCGCCUGUGGCUUAGCCAACGACGGUCCAAGGCCUUGAAUGAUGUGCGACUGGCUAUGUCCCAUAGUACUGGGAAAAUCCGGAAGGUAGAAAGAAUCGAGAAGCAGCAUGUAUCCGGGGACAACGGCAUGUUCAUUGAAGGAAAUGGUGAGGAUGAUUGGAAUGCUGAAUGGAGUGACAACGAAGACGAAGAUACCCUAAAGAGCACAACCAUUAAAACAACUUCGGAAGAAACGGAAAACCAAGCAGACCCCGGAAACGAAGACGACGCUGACGAGUCUUGGGAUUGGGAUGACGACAAUGAAGAGCCUCCAGCGGCUGCUCAACCGGAAGCGAGCUCUGAAUUAAAUUCGCAAGCUAAGGGACAUGGCGGCGAUCACAAAGACUCUCAGCGGGAGUUGAUUUUGAAGGAGUACUAUGCCGUAACAGAUUUACCAGAUCGUAUUCUUACUAUCAUAUCUAACCAAGUCGCCGACGCUGAGGAUUUGACAAAUUUAGGGAGCUCUCAAUUGAAGCUGGCUUCUUCGCGGCCUGCUCUACUUGCAUUGCCUACAUUGAUUGUUGCAAUGUUCAAAGCCACGGCGCCAGUACUAUACUCUCAUAGGUUCGAUGCCGGUCAGAUGCACCUAUAUAAUGAUUGCAUGUAUCUUGCAGAAAAACUACGUUCAUUUUCAGAGGCCCAAAAUCUCCCCAAGCUAAGCUCGGAUGUUGAGUCUAUCGAAAAAUUUGGCAAGGCAGCAUACGGAAAGGAGCUUCAGUCGCAGCGUACUAUCUUAAGUGAUCUUCUUGAUGGCUGUCAGGGAUUUUCAACCUGUUCUGAAGAGCCCUUUCUGGGAGAGUGCAAAAAUGCAAUGGCUGCAGCAGUCGACAGAGUGAGAGAUGUAUACAAGGAGUGGCAACCAAUUUUAUCCCGCUCUGCACUCCUUCAAUCAAUGGGAAGACUCAUAUCGGCAGCGAUAAACAAAUUAAUACUAGAUAUCGAAGAUUUGAGCGACAUUUCAGACGCUGAGUCCCGGCGACUGGCUGAAUUCUGCACCAGUCUGUCCAAUCUAGAGGAUCUAUUUCUUCCUGAUCCUAGCACAGAUCCCAAUGCCGCCAACCAGCCAGAAGCGAUACCAAUGACGGCCAUGUACGUUCCGAAUUGGCUGAAGUUCCAGUAUUUAAUAAAUAUCCUUGAGAGUUCUCUGGCGGAUAUCAAGUACAUGUGGACUGAAGGAGAAUUGAAGUUGGAGUUUGAUGUGGAUGAGUUGGUUGAUUUGAUCAAAGCCCUUUUUGCAGACUCGGACCAUAGGAAGCGGGCGAUUGCGGAGAUACGGCGGACUGCUGGUGUAUCUUAG